AAGGAGGCCUUGCGGUGAAGAACAAGAAGAGAAAGGGAAAAACAGCAAACGUUGACUGAGCGAGAGGAGCGGGCGAGCGAGUGAGCGAGCGAGCGAGAGAGCCAGGGAGGGAGGGAGGCCCCUGUGACCUCACGUGACAUGUGACGGCAGAGAGACCCGACCCGACGGCGAGGACCGGGGAGUCGACUCGUCGAUGCUCCAGCCAGGCCGCACGCUCGCCCCCCGAGAGCCACCUGAAGCCCGGGCCAGCAGCGCGGUGAGAGCCGUCGCCGCCGCCCCCUCCGCCCCCUCCGCCGCGCCCCCGAGCACCCCGAGAGGACACGUCCACCCCGUCUCAGCGAACGCUGCCAGCCAAAGGAGGUGCGCACUCCUCACACCCGCCAUGGCCUCCAACAGCAUCUUCGACUCCUUCUCCAGCUACUCGAGCAGCUUCCUCCGAGACCCCAGCGCUCCCAGACGGUUCACGCCGCCUUCGACGUCCUUCCCCUGCAGUAAGAUCGGCGAGGGCGCGGGGCCCAUGGGCACCCCGGGCACGGCGCGGGGACGCGCCGAGGCGCGCUCCGUCGUGGACGUGCUGGCCGACCAUGCCGGCGAGCUGGUUCGCACCGACAGCCCCAACUUCCUGUGCUCCGUGCUGCCGUCGCACUGGAGGUGCAACAAGACGCUGCCCGUGGCCUUCAAGGUGGUGGCCCUGGGCGACGUGCCCGACGGAACCCUGGUCACAGUGAUGGCGGGAAACGACGAAAACUACUCGGCGGAGCUCAGAAACGCCUCGGCCGUCAUGAAGAACCAGGUGGCGCGUUUCAACGACCUGCGAUUCGUGGGCAGGAGCGGAAGAGGAAAGAGCUUCACCCUCACCAUCACCGUGUUCACCAGUCCCCCGCAAGUGGCCACCUACCAUCGGGCCAUCAAGGUGACCGUGGACGGACCGAGAGAACCCCGGCGUCACAGGGUGAAGCUGGAGGACCCCCAGAAGAGCAUGCAGUUCCCGGACCGCCUGAGCGAGCUGGAGCGCUUCCAGGGGGCGCGUCUACGGAUGGGACCGGGCAACAGCAACCCCCGGCCCAGCCAGACCCCCUUCGGGCAGAGCUCGCAGGCGCAGCUCCAAGCUCUGUGGUCUGAACAGAUGGACGCUCCAAACCUACCGCUCAAGACGUGCAAGGUAGAGGAUGACCUGCGAUGGUCAGGGACCACAGACCUGUUCCCCCAGAGAACCUCGUUCCCGUCGCUGUCGCCCUUGACGGACCCCCGCUUCUCCGACCCGCGGAUGCACUACCCGGGCGCCUUCACCUACUCCGCGAGCCCCUCCGGCUCGGGCAUCGGGGGCAUCAGCAUGACGGGCAUGUCGGCCUCGUCGCGCUAUCACACCUACCUGCCUCCGCCCUACCCGGGAAACCAGAACCAGAGCAGCCACUUCCAGACCAACUCCUCGCCCUACCACCUGUACUACGGUACAGGCUCCGGCUCCUACCAGUUCUCCAUGGUGGCGGCCGGGGGGGAGCGCUCCCCUACCCGCAUGCUGUCCUCAUGCACCGGGGCUGCGGCCGCCGCCGCCGCCGCCGCCGGGGGCAACAGCCUGAUGAACCCCAACCUCAGCAGCCAGAGCGAUGGGGUGGAUGCGGACGGGAGCCACAGCAACUCCCCCACCACGAUGCCCACCCCCGGCCGGAUGGAUGAGUCCGUGUGGAGGCCGUACUGAGCAGGGCGGGCGAGAGGUCGCGAGGACGACGACGACGACGACACGUAGCGUCGUCCAAAGAGAAACAACAACAACACACGAGCAGAAAAAUACGAAGAACAAACGCCGCACGUUUGGCUCAUUUGCUCCCGUCGAACCCUUUUCCGCGUCAAGGAGACGCUCCCAGAACCGCACCGGAUUUCCCAAGCGUGAGCAUCCGGAACAAGGCGAGGCCCGAGAGCGUCGGUCCACAAACGUCCGAGUUGCGCCGCUGCGCAAUGUUCAGUCCUCCCUCAGUUGUCAGCUUCGAAGCAAACACACACACACACACACACACUCUCUGCACCAGAGGCAGUCUGUCCUCCACCAUAGGUACGGCACUAAACGUGCUGUUCCAGGGCCACCUCCUGACGGCACCACAGAAAGACGCAAGCAAAGUUGCAGCGAUGACACGACUGGCCAGCGCACAGCGCACUAGUCAUUACCCAGAAUUCCAAAGGUGUAAACGCACGAAAGGUGCACGCAGGUGCGGUUUAAUGUCGGCACGAGCCACGCCGGGCCGGAGAAGAAGCUGCGGGUCAAGCUGUCCCUCUUUCUCAAGUUACUUCGUGGGCUUCUUCUGCUGCUCAGGUGCAUCGCGCAGACACGUCCGCUGGCGAAAAGCACAACCCCAACGGCCGCUGGGCGUCUCCAACACGUCCACGCGCUCGCAGCUGAACUGCUGAGCAGGUUCCCUCAGCCGGCUCGCCAUGGACGUCGCCUGUACGUCCACCGCGGGGGCAGGACACGCGCAUGUUUUCCACGUUCUCGAGGACUUCCUGCUCCAGAUGUGCCGGCGCCCGUUGGCUGGCGCUCGCGUCCCAUCGUAUUGGCCUCCCGGUUGCGCGAACGAGACUUCUUCAUAGUCCAGCAUAAGAGCAAAGCCCACCUUGGUGUGAGCUGCUGGGGAUGGCGGAGCGUGAAAAACAACUCGGUUUCUAAGUUGUUUUGUCCACCCAAAUCGUAGAGGCCACCUGCCAACGAUGGAAAUCGGCCUCUUUUUGCUGCAGAGACCAAAGGAAGAGGUGGUGUGUCUUUCAUGGAGCGUUUCGGUGCUUUAGAGACGUC